AUGCUGGUGGCACUGGUGACAUUUGGACUGGUGAUGUACGUGCAGGGCCUCCCGCUCGGGGAGAUCACAACCACCGUACCAGCGUCGGACUCGGCCGAGUCCCUGCCUUUGCUGUACCUGAUCACGGCAACGUACCAACGCGAGACGCAGUUUGCAGAUUUGACCCGCCUAUGCCAGACACUUCUGCUGGUUCCGCGUGUACACUGGAUUGUCAUCGAAGAUGCUGCAGAGUUGUCGCCACACGUUGGAGAAUUUCUCGCUGAAUGCGGGGUUCCUUAUUCACACCUGCACGCGGCCACACCACCGCUGCCGAAUGGAGAGAUCUGCAAGACUGUGAAUCGCCAAAUUGGCUGCUUCGAGCAUCGGUUAGGCCUCAAGCAGGAUGGCGAGGGAAACGCGGUGGUAUACUUUGCCGAUGACGACAAUACCUAUUCCAUUGAGCUGUUUAAGCGUAUGCGCAAUGUCCAUACGAUUGGUGUGUGGCGUGUGGGGUUCUUGGGGAGAAUGCGUUACAGCGGGCCGCUGUCGGAAAUGACACCCCAAGGCCCCAAGCUGACCGGCUGGCACGUCGGCUGGGCGCCAGAUCGACCGUACCCCCUGGACAUGGCAUCUUUUGCUUUUUCCGUGCGUCUGCUGGAACAGAGAAAGGUGGAAUUCCCAAUUCAAGCUCCUUUAGGGCAGCUAGAAACGACGUUUUUGGAGCAGCUCCUCGGACCAGAUGCCAAGCUCGAGGUUCUCGAUACUGGCGUCAAGCGAUUGCUCGUGUGGCACACUCGCACUGAGCGGCCUAACCUGGACAAGGAGGGACAAUUGCCCGACGCUCCCGAUACUCCUGUGAUUUGA